AAGGUUGAUUCUCAAGUUUGGUUUUAACUUGUUUUUUAAAGAAAGAUACGGCAAGAAUCUUAUCAGGGAGCAAUGCUCUUUAAUCUCCAUGUGAAUUAUUUAUAAAAGUAAUCCUACCGUAGGGAAUUUUGUGUAGACUUGUUGUGUUUAGUUUUUCGGUCACUAGACUCUUGAUUCUGAGAAAGAAAGGAAAUACAUUCCGUUCCUGCUGUUAAAAAAUGGAGCAGCAAAGUCAGGCGACAAACGACGACGGAUUUUUAACGUUGGCAACUAGAAAAUGCUUGUUUCGUUUGUUAUCUUUUCUGGACAGCCGACUACCGGAAUGCUCUGCGAUUCAUUCCUUCGUAUGUGCAGCACUUUUAACAGCAAAUCCGUCCUCCCAUGUUUAUUUCAGAAAAGCCUCGAAUGCGUCUGGAGAUGAGGAAAACUACUCGCUAAUCAUCGGACUUGGUGUCGAAUGUUUCGUCCAACCCAAUCAGCAAACUAAAAAAUUCUGGACUGUAACUGCGUGGACUGACGAUGACGAGAAGCUGGCCAGUGCUUUCGAGACCAUUAAUAUAAUAGACUGGAAUACGGAUGCUGUUAUCAUGCACUAUAAAUUCCACGCGCCACAUCCAGCCAUUGAUAAUUUAGUCAAAAAUAAACACGGAGAAGGCAAGGAUAACAAAAUUUGUUACCCAUGUGACCAGUAUUUUAUGCCUCUGAAGGACGCAUUAAAUCUCCAAAUAAGCGAAAUAGAUGGUGUCUACGUCAAGAGCUUGGAACGAUGCCACGCACAAAUAGUUUACGACUAUUGGCCCUACAGAGAAAGUACCACGGUCGAAAAUAUAACCAGGGAAAUUGAGCAACUACCUUCGGCUGGCGUCUUUUUGAAAGGGAACGACCAGUUGGUGUCGUGGAUGAUGUGCCAUCCGCCCAACGGAAUGAGUCGACUUCACACGCUGGAGGAACACCGUCAUCGAGGAUAUGCAAGUCUCGUAACCCAGUAUCUUUCAAGACGGGUGGCCCAGUGUGGUUUGGUUCCAUUUGUCAACAUCGUUAUCGAAAACACUGCCUCGUACAAAUUUUUUGAGAUCAUGAAAUUCAAACAUCUCCGUCCAACACACGUACAGUUUAUGUGAAAUCUUUAAAUUGACAGCUUUUUGUUUACAGAUAAUCACGUACAAUUUGUACGGUACAAAUAGCCAAUAGGAAUAAAUGUUAGCAACUGUAACAGUUUAGAAAAGAUUCAAGAGCACUUUUUUCCCCCUUUCAUAAUGAACUUUGCGAUACAAAUAUUUUUAAGUUUGAGAGUUGAUUCGAAUACUGACGAUUUUGUAAAGCGAUUUUAUUAGGGUAAACUCCGGGGUUUUAUAAUUAUUUAGAUAACUUUUUUAUGAGCGCUUAUACUUUUUAUAUCCUUUUCUGAAGCUGUUCGACGAUUCUUCUUUUUCUUUAAUGGCCUAUAGGCUUCCUGGAGAACAAGGGCUUCAUUAUUUUGAUAUGUUCACUCUACAUCACUGCCACAAUGUGUUACAACUUUAGUUUAUUUGAAUUAUUUGAUUCUUCCGAAAAUGGAUUAUUGGUUAUUUCGUUAAA